CGAUAACUCAAUACCGAUACACGUGCAACUUCCCCUGAUCAUGACGUUCGCAAGUGUUAUUCGCAUCACUCUCGCUCUGUCUCUUUUCGUCCUUGCUGCACAAACAGUGCCAGUGCCUCAAGAUCCAUCUGCUCUGGGUAGUAUGGAUUUAAACGCCCCUGAUCCUGAUUUAGCGCCCACUUGCAAUCAAGAUAUUGACUCGGGUUCUGUCUCGCUCGCGUCGACCGUCAACACAGUCCCUAUCACCAAUGUGACACCUGUUAAUCGAUACCAACCCAUUGUUCAGGCCUUUGCGCCCAUUGUGCAGUCAACGUGUGGGCUUGACAACCAUGGUGCCGAUGUUUAUGAUGACUACGAUGACUACGAUGACUACGAUGACUACGAUGACUACGAUGACUACGAUGACUACGAUGACUACGAUGACGUUUUUAAUGGUAGCCUCUAUGGCUGCGCUAGCACCAUUGACAACCCCUCUCAGUCAGACCCUCUUCCUCGUGGCAAUGUCUUGAAGCGUCGUCAAUUCCCUCCUAUCAACAGAGAUGUGGAUGUGGAAAGCUGCAGUACCACUGUGCCUCCAUCCACUGUUGAUAUGGGUUCCUUUGUCUCUGCAGUCCCCUCCACGGACGUGAACCCUUCAACGGUUUAUCAACCCCAUGUCCAGGCGUUAGAAUCAGCCAUUGAGGCUGCACCCGCUGAAUCAAGCAUGUUGCCUCAACAGAAUGUGGAUUUAGGCUCAAAUGUUUUUAUUCAACCUCUGACACAAGUUCUGCCCCAAACGACUUAUCAACCAAAAGUGCAACAAUUGACUACGACGAUCGAAGCCACGCCACAAGAAGAUCAGUCUUUACCCCAGUCCAGUGUUGACUUGGGCAGUUCUGUUCAUAUCCGACCCACAGUGGCGGUGAAACCCUUGACGAUCUUUCAACCAACCGUCAAAUCGUUGCCGUUCAUUAUUGAAGUCGAGCCAUGUGUAGAUGAGACUGAGAUUUAUAAGCCCUUUGACUAUGGCAGUGACUCUGCUGCAUAUUAUGGUCAGAGACCAGUCUAUGAUAUGAAUAUGGAUAUGGAUAUGUAUAUGGGUGUUGCCAAUGACAUUGAUCAAUAUGGUCAAGAUUGUUAUUAUUACCGCCCAGAUCAGUUCCAGGGCUUGUAUGGUGAUGAUGCUUUUAAUCAGGGCCUCAUGACAUUUGGAGACCAAGCUGCUCAAAACCAAGAAUAUGGUCUUUACAGAGAAGGCAUGUUGGGCUCUUCCUUUGCAACUGGCAUGGAUUAUUAA